AUGCACAAGUGGCACGAUCGGUGCGGCAUUGAUCGUUGGGAAGCAUUGCACGGGCAGCCAACUCUUGUGGGCGACCAGGAACUGUUCUCUGAGGUCCUGAAGGUGCAAAACAAGAUUUUUUACCUGGAUCUUAAACAAAAUGGUCGAGGGAGAUACAUUAAGAUUGCUGAGAAGGGCAAGUACCGGCCAAAGAGCAGCGUGGUGGUGCCGCUGUCCGGUCUGCACAGCUUCAUGCAGCUCUUUGAGUACUAUCUGAAGACCGACGGGUCCGGUCCCCAGGCCCGGGAUGUUGUGGUGGAGUCCAAGGUCUUCAACUUCAGCUGUGGGGAGAACGACCGGGGCAGGUACCUUCGCAUCUUUGAAAGCGGCGGCGGCUAUCCUGCAGGGGGCUCCAGUCUCAUGGUACCCGCGGGGUGGGCAAACGCCAACAUCCGCGCCUUUCGGGAGAGCUUCGAGAAGAUCGCCAACUGGCUCAGCCAAGCUGGUUUGCCGGGUGUCGAGAUGUCUUCGGGUCUGGCACUUUCGUCCAAGCCAGACAGCGUCACCCUGGAUGUCAGCAAGGAGGGCGGCCCGGUGCUGUCGGUCGGCUCCAAGCACUUCUUCUUCGACGCCCGAAUGAACGACCGCGGGCGUUACCUCAAGAUCAAGGAGGUCUCGGGCAAUAUGAAGACGCUGUUGGUGGUCCCUGCACACGCGGUCAUUAAGUUCCAGGAAGCCAUCUCUCUGGCCAUGCUCGCGCAACCCCGGCCCGACGGGGAUAUGGGAGGCCAGGGGACAACACCAGGCGUGCAGGCCUAA